AUGUAAAAUCCUAGUAUCCUGAAUUUACAAUAAGUGAAAUAGUUUUAAGUUAGAAGACCGUAAAUAACGAAAGGUUCUCCUCUGUUGAAAGGAAAUCAAGUGUAGAUUGCAGCAAACAUUCGUAAUUAAAGCUUGUUGAGUGAUCAACCCCAGCACUUAAAAAUAAAACAACAAGAAGAAUAAGAACUAGGCAUGCACAACCAAUUCGAGAGAAGAAUAUAAAAGCAAAACUAGUUUGAUAUAAAGUAACAAGAUAACAUCUUCUAAUUGAAAUUAAGUAAUGAGCAUCAAUUGAAUUAAUUGAAUAUGCAACUAAUAAAGAAGAAUAAAAUUCUAAGCAAUAGACUUCAAUAAUAAUAUAAAAUUAAUGAAUCUUAUAUGGAAUAAAUUAAUAAGCUGCAGGAAACCAAUCAAGCUUAUGAAUAGCAAAUUCAUUAAUUGGAAGAGAAAAUAAAAAAGUAGAAAUCAAAAAAGAAGCAAUUGAAGGAAUAGAUCGACCAACUCUAAUAAGAAUUGGAUGAGAUGCAAGAGAAGUAUCAGAACAAUUCCAACUAAGAUAUGAACUAAGAGGAUGAUCAAUAAUAAUAAUAGUAAUAGAAUCACAUUCCUCUUACAAGACAGCAACUCUAUUAGUUAAUGCAAUAUUUAUACCAGGGAGAUUAGUAAUAGUUAGAGAACUUCCACGAAUACUAGGAUUAAGAAAUCGAUCCAGAUGCAAUGACUUAUGAGUAGCUCUUGGAAUUGGAAGAAUAGAUAGGUAAUGUGCCCAAGGGAUUAACCAAAUAAUAGAUUAAACAACUGCCAAAACGAACCUUGAAUCAUGACAGUAUGCCAGAAGACAAAUGUUCAGUAUGCUUGUUCGAAUUCAAGGAAGAGGAGAAGGUGAGAGAAUUGCCUUGCAAACACAUAUAUCAUUCUAGUUGUAUAAAGAAUUGGUUACAGAACAAUAAGCAAUGUCCUCUGUGCAAAACGGAAAUCGAAAUCCAAAAAAAUGAUGGUGAGGAGUAGUUGAAUUAGCAGGAUGAACCAGAUUAAGGGGAUGAACCAUAAGUAGAGUAUGAUCAACAACAGUUUGAAAUAGAAUGAUUCUUGAUAAUUUUACAUAAUUAAUAUAUAUUUCAUCAAUAAACUA